UCGAGUCUGCGGUGCCAUGGCCCUGGUGCCCUACGAGGGUCCGGGGGGGCUGCGGCAUUUCCACCAGCCGCUGGCCGCCUUCUCCUUUGCGGACCGCGCGAUUCGCAUCCGGCAGAACUGGAGGCAGCUGGGCGUCGCCGCGGUGGUGUGGGACGCGGCCGUGGUCCUGUCUGCCUACCUGGAGACGGGCGCUGUAGAGCUGCAGGGCCACACUGUCCUGGAGCUGGGCGCUGGCACUGGGCUGGUGGGCAUCGUGGCUGCACUGCUGGGUGCUCAUGUGACAAUCACCGACCGAAAAGUGGCCUUAGACUUUCUGAAAGCCAAUGUUGAGGCCAACUUACCUCCUGAUAUCCAACCCCGAGCUGUGAUCAAAGAGCUAACUUGGGGGCAGAAUUUGGGGCUUUUUCCACCUGGAGAAUGGGACCUGAUACUGGGUGCUGAUAUCGUCUAUCUGGAGGAGACGUUUGAAGACCUUCUCCACACCCUAGAACACCUCAGUGGCCUCCACUCCGUGAUUCUCUUGGCUUGUCGCAUUCGCUAUGAGCGAGACCAGGCCUUCCUAGCCAUGCUGGGGCAACUGUUCACUGUGACAAAGGUCUACUAUGACCCGGAGAGGGACGUGUACAUUUAUAGAGCCCAGAAGAGGCUGCCUACAGAGGACCUGUAGCUGGUUGGACCUCGGAACCCCAUUUUAUUGGGGGUGCUACAACCCCAGAAUAUUAACUGGGCAGAAAGUGGGACUGAAAAUCUUUGCGAGAUGAAGUUUACUCAGCUGAAUGGAGAGUUUGAAAAUAAAGCAGGAGAGUUUGAGAACACAGCGGAAGCUUUUGAGGACCAAGCAGCACAUUGUCUGUCCGUCUGCUGCCCUGUGGGGCUGUAUUUCGCUCACUCUGACAAUCAGCUCUGAUUAAAACUGGAUGUGAGCUCCUAUAGCCCUUGUCUAUGGCCAUCCCAGUGCCUUCAGGCAUGUCCUUCUCCAGGGAUUCAGGGAUCCUUGGGCACGAGGCUUGGUGAGGUUGUCUGUGAUCCUGCUGAAACAUCUCCCGGUAGAAGAUGAGCCCCAUUUCCUCACUUUCCAAGUUUCAAACAUGCCAUUGAGCA